AUGAUUCUAGAAGAACUAUUUGGUAGUUGUGUGGCCCUCGUCUUGCGUUUGAUCAUUCAAACACCACCGAUAUCCCGAGAAAAUCUACAAAGCGAAUACACGUUGAUAUCCGCUCCAAAUCUUGAACAAGACGAAGUAUACGACGGCUUAAUACACCAGGAGUACGAACAAGAGCCACCGACCGAGGUCCCUUGUUAUGAAGAUGGGACGUUUGUUUGGAUGCAAGCUGACCCAAGGCGAAAUUUCUGCGAAUCAUCAAUCCGAAGUUUGAAGGCAAAUGUCGGAUUAAUAACGGCGGUUGUUUUCGUAUUAGGUUCGCUUACAGUUGGAGUCGUCUACGUGGACUUAAAUUCAAAUGACGCUUGUACAGAAUGGACGGACAAAAAUCUUAGUGUUCCAGCGCACGUACAUAAAUUACGGAUUGUUGGAAAGUCUGUCAAAUUAUUGCCGUUGUUUUCAUGGUUUCCAGCAUGCAUCGCGAUGUUGUGGGGUUACAGAGAGUUCAAAAAGAAUUACCUUGCGCGUUUAUUUUUCUGCGCGUUUGUACCAGGAUCCAUAACUUGUGUUUAUAGAAUUAUUAUGUUUGAUAAGUUUACCAACGUUGAUUACAACCUAUACAG